UUGGCGGUGAGGGACCCAGCCGGCGCAGCCUCGCUCCGCCGCCUUCUCUCGUCGCCCCACUGCUCUCCCGCGCUGCUCUUACUUCUCCACUGUCGCCUAGAUUCACCCUCCCUCUUUCUUUUUCUUUCUUUCCGCUUUCUCUUUUCCAACUGCGUCCCGGGCUGCUCCCUGGGAGGGGCGCAGGCGGCUGAGCAGCUUGCAAACUCCGGCCAGGACCGGCGCAGGUGCCGCUUCCGUCUGCUAGUGCCUGGAAAGCUGUGAUUGGCGCGAGAUGAGAUGCAGGGAUUGUGCCCUUACUGCUGGUUCUGCACUGGAAACACGGGGCAGGGAGCCCCCUUCCCAUCACCCCCGUAAAUGCCACCUGUGCCACACGCCACCCAUGCCACGGUAACCUCAUGAACCAGAUCAGGAAUCAACUGGCGCAGCUCAACGGCAGUGCCAAUGCCCUCUUCAUUUCCUAUUACACAGCUCAAGGGGAACCGUUUCCCAACAAUGUGGACAAGCUAUGUGCGCCCAACAUGACAGACUUCCCAUCUUUCCAUGCCAACGGGACAGAGAAGACCAAGCUGGUGGAGCUGUAUCGGAUGAUUGCAUUCCUGGGCACCUCCCUAGCCAACAUCACCCGGGAUCAGAAGAUCCUGAACCCCACUGCCGUGAGCCUGCAGAUCAAGCUCAACGCUACCAUAGACGUCAUGAAGGGUCUCCUCAGCAAUGUGCUCUGCCGUCUGUGCAACAAGUACCACGUGGGCCACGUGGAUGUGCCUUAUGUCCCUGACAACUCUAACAAGGAAGCCUUCCAAAGGAAGAAGUUGGGCUGCCAGCUCCUGGGGACAUACAAGCAAGUCAUCGGUGGGGUGCUCCAGGCCUUCUAGACCUUCUGGGAGGCCUUGAGUACACCAUGGACCGAGGGAUCUCAGGAGCAGGAUCCAGAUGUGGGGAGGGGGGCUCAAAACGUGCUGGGGUACAGGGCAUGGUUAAAUGCAAAAUGGGGCUGCUGGCAGACCCCAGGGACCUCUGGACACUCACUGCACUCUGGUCUGGGCCGUGAUGGAGUCUGGCAAAGUUGAAAUUUCCAUAGGCAGCCAGCACCAGCUAGAAAUGGCCAGGAGGGCGUUGGACUGAGAGAUUUCUGUCUCACUCACUCACUCACUCACUCAGUCCCUUGCUCACUAAGUGUGUGAACAAGCCACACAAGUUGUCUAUAGCGGACAGCAAAGGGCUGGGAAGUCUCCUAGGCCCCUACAGAAUCACCACUAUCUGGUCCUUCUCUGUCCCUUAGAGAAACUUUGGAAGGCUUGUUUGGGAUGUGAGAGGGCCAAGGGGACUGGGAUCUAGAAUGACUUCUUCUUCUUCUUCUUCUUCUUCUUCUCC